AUGGGAGAAUCUGCCGCCACAACAUUCGCUUCCAUACUGGUUUUGGGCUUAGGCUUCGCUGCUGCAGGUUAUAUCUACCAUAAGUCUUAUAAAUGGCUCGUGAUUAAGAAAAUGACACAUGCUUUUGAGCCAGGUGAUCCUGUGCUCGAUUUGGCUGCAAUUGGAAAAGAUGUUCCUCACAAACCUGGUGGUAGCAACGAACACUGGAUAUUCCGCCCUGAACAAGAACGAGUCGACGCCAUCGUCAUGGGAAGCGUCGCAGGACACUACCACCUCCUGAUAGGCGAGAAGGGCUGUGGGAAAAGCAGUAUGCUGAUCGAUGCUAUGCGAAAAAACGAGGGCGAUGGUGUUGCUAUGUUUGAGGCGCACGCGGAUCUUGAGAUCUUCCGCAUACGUCUUGGCAAAGCCCUUGACUACGAGUACCACGAGGAUUAUAUUGGUGGGUAUUUCAGCGAAAGAGGUCCUCGCGAAACUACGGCUCUACUGGAUAUUGAACGCGCUCUGAACAAGCUGGAAAAGGUGGCCAUGACGAAACGGAAAGAAAGAGGCAAGCCUCUAGUGGUCAUUGUAAACCAGAUGCAUCUUCUUCGCCAUAAUGACGAUGGACGAGAUCUGAUUGAACUACUUCAGCAGAAAGCUGAGCAAUGGGCUGCUGCCAAUAUUGUUACUAUGGUUUUCAACUCGGACGAUUACUGGGUAUACGAACGUCUGAAACAGCUGGCUACCAGAAUGGAAGUUCUCCCUGUUACCGAUCUACCUAAACAGCAGGCUAUAUCGGCUCUUCGGAGGUAUCGACAGAAAUACUGGAAGGAGGCCAUUGAUCAUGGCAUUCUUGAAGAGGUCUACGAAAGGGUUGGAGGACGCUUGAGCUUUCUGAAUAGAGUAGCAAAGAGUAAGGAUAUGCUUGCCACUUGUGAAAUAAUCAAGGAGAUCGAAAAGAAGUGGUUUCUCAACCAAUGUUGGAUCCUUGGUAAGGAGAUGGACGACGAUGUCAUGGAUCAACAAAAGUGGGCUGCUGCUGCCAUGAGCCUGGCCAAGGCUUUGGUUGACAAAGAAGACGAUAUGGCGAAUCACGAGACAUAUGACCCAAUCGAAGGUCAUAAGCUCCCGACGUACAAAUUCCAUAUUGCUCAACAAAUCAUGACCAGAUGCGACUUUGUUCGGGACCUUGAUAGCUUGAACCUUUUCAGCAUCACGAGUCAGGCAGAUGUUCGAGCGAGCAGCGUACCAAUGCAUCGUGCGUUUAGAGAGAUUUGUUCCGAGCCUGGUUUUGACAAACACCUGGAGCUCACGAUCGAGAGAAUUGCCGCCAUUGAGAGUUUGGGCCGAACCCGCGAGCUUGUUACCAAAGAUUUGGUUCUUGGCGGUCAGUACGAGAUCGAGCAAACGCGAAAGGGUAUCAUAAUGAAGUUGAAGGAAGGAGAGGAGGAACAGCCCGAACAGUGGUUUCCUGGAAACGAGGGACCGCCACGCAAUGAUUAA